AUGGUAUACACAGAUGGCACCGUGCCUAACUCCUCUGCCCUCCACAUCCUCUCUUUCUUGACUGCAAGCUUGUUCGCUCUAGAUCCCGCCGAUAAGCAAUGGGAGCAACAUUAUGUACCGACCAUCACCGAGCUCGAGAAGUUACUGUCGGGUCAUGAAUCGUCAGUACCGGGCCGCACACUGUGGGACUUGUUUCUCAAGAAGAUGUGGCACAUUGAUUCGCUAUGUGCUCUCGAGACGUUCUUAGACAAAGGCCUUCUAUCCCUGCAGGUCAAAACGCGACAAGAAUUAAUCGAAGAGCGGGAUAAUGGCAUCGCCCCUGACAAUGAUGCCAUGCGAUUGUCACACACCUCGCCGCUUGGAGCGUUUGUCCGAAGAUCUCAUCUCGAGUUCACUAGGUUGAAGUUUGACGAUUUAAUUACUUUGUGGACCGGAUUUGUCAAAUACCGCCUGCCGACGUACCCAAAGUGGGCUCGCAAGAACCCCUCAGAAGAUCAUGGCCCUAUUGAUGUCAAUCACUUGACGUAUGGAGUAGACUCUGGUAGCGCUCUUUAUCAGGUAGUGUAUGGUGACGUCGAAUCCGAUGACGAGGAGGAGAAUCGGGGCGUCAGUGUGAAGGACGCCGAACGCCUCAUUGAGUUUCAAGUUACAGAGCUUCAAAGACUGGGAGGUAGAAUCCCAGGUGCAAUUAGAGCUCAGAUCCAAAACAUCAUUGCAGCUGAAGUCUCUGUUCCAGUGCAGAUGUAUUACCUCAAUUUUCUAGACGCCUGGCGCGCUGGGGACUACACGUCAGCAUUCGACAAUCUCCAUAGAUACUUUGAUCACACCAUGCAUAGUAUCCCCGAAAGAAGCUCAUACCAGUUUGCUCUGCUGAACCUGGCCAUUCUCCAUGCCGACUUUGAGUGUUUCGACGAGGCCAUUUCAGCUAUACAAGAGGCUGUGGCCAUCGCCCGCGAGUCUCACGACUCGAUUUGUCUCAAUUUCUGUCUGAGCUGGAUGUAUCAUUUCGGCAAGGCUUUCCCGGAGCAAAUGCGGGAGGUGCAGAGCACCGGUAAUUUAGGCAAUGAGAAAGAAGGCUUCGCUUUUCUCAAAGCUAAGGCUAAGGAGACUAAUUCGUGGCCCCUCAUGAGCACCACCUUGCUGAGUGAAGCCAAGUUGGAAAUGCACCAGGGAGAGAGCCUAGCCUCUAUCCUUGAGGCGCUUGUACGAUCUGCCCAUAUCAACCUCACUAAAAACUUAGCUGCGCCAACAGGCUCGCACAUGUUGCUUCAAAGCACCUUGUAUGGCCGGAUAGGGGCUGCUCAUCUUGCUUGGCUGACUACUGAGGUUUUCCGCGAAUGCUACACAGAAGCACAGCCAUAUGAUGAUUUCCUCAAAGUCACAUUCAUCAAUUCUCAAGUUUUAUUGCAAAAAGGCAACUACAAAGAAGCCUUUGCACGCAUGAACAAGGUUGAGCCAGAAAAGGUUCGAGCCGUCAAGUACAACAACGCCUGGAUCUACUACUCAGGUUUGCUACAGCUGCAACGUCAAAUCUGCAGACACGAUCAGGUAGCGGUAGAGCACAUCCUUGCCCAACUCCAAGCAGUGCAGCUCCUUGACGCCGACCUCCGCAUCCACCUCGCCCUCUUCACAAUCGAAUUCAAAAUCCGUCAAGGCGACUACGGCCGCGCUAUGCGCUUGGUCGACGAAGCCGCUCACUCAAUACAGCCCGAAAACUUCGAUGUCUACGCGCAAAUCAAACUCCUCUGUCUCAAAGCGCUCAUUCUCGAGAAAUCCGGCCACCCAGAACGUGGCUUCUCACUUGCUAUGCGCGCUGCCAACAUCUCCCACAGGACCAAAGUCCUUUCCUGCCUCUGGGAAUCAAGCUGUACCCUCGCCGCAGUCCUGAUCGGGCUUCGCGAGUUCAAUCCUGCACUCAAAUUAGUUGAAAGCGUCCUACCUCAGAUUCUCGAGUCAGAGAAAUCGGUACUCAUUGCGCGCGCGUACUCGCUUCUCGUGGAUGCGAAUAUGGGAAUUGCAAGUGAGUUGUGGACACAACUUGGUCAAGAUAGCAUUCCCGUGCGAAAGGAGUAUAUCAACCUUGCGCUCGGGUACAUCGACUGUGCGUACGACGCUUUUGAGAAGAUUGAGGAUCUUCUUGGGCAGACGGAGAUGAUGGCCAAGAAGGCUACUGUUAUGCAUCUCACUGGUGAUCUGGUGCUGGCUAAUGACUGUGCAGCCAAGUACCUGGACUUGAGGAAGCGUCGAGGCAUGGAGGUGCCCAGCUAUGCCGUCUACCUACUUUGGUACAACCAUAUCUCCAGGGCUGGCACCGAGACCUCGGAUGCUGAGGUCAAUUUCUACAACUUUGGAGUAGUGGAGCAUGCACAUGUAUUCGCCAACGACGACAGCAAGGCCUCCGAUGCUGGAGAAAGGAAGAUAAUUACGCGAGGAUUGCAGAUUUAA